UCGUAGUACAGUACUCCAAAACACGAAAAUGAUAACAAAAGCUUUUUCAAAAUUUAGCCAAGAUCUCAUUUCUGUUUUUAGCCCAUUCGACCGUUUGUUUAAUUGUGCAACUACGAGUACAUCUUACUUUCAAUUUUCUUUUUCCAAAUCAUUGAAUGCGCUCCCUCUCCUUCCUCCCUUCCCUCUCUCUCUCUCCCUCUCUCUCUCUCUCCACCGCUGAGUUUUCGAGAUUUGCAAUAGGCACCUGAAACUUCUCCUCCUACACUAGAUCCAACCCAACUUUCUACUCUUCCCCAAUAUACUCCCACUGUACUCUCUUUUCUCCAGAUCCACUGCAUUCAAUUCUCCAUUUCUGAUCCCUAAUCAAUUUCUACAAUGGGGUAUAGAGCAGAUGAUGAUUAUGAUUAUUUGUUCAAAGUUGUGUUGAUUGGAGAUUCUGGGGUUGGAAAAUCUAACCUGCUUUCCCGAUUUACUCGUAAUGAGUUUAGCCUUGAGUCUAAAUCCACCAUUGGUGUUGAGUUUGCUACUCGGAGUAUUCGUGUUGAUGAUAAAGUUGUUAAAGCUCAAAUUUGGGAUACUGCUGGCCAAGAAAGGUACCGUGCAAUUACUAGCGCUUAUUAUCGUGGUGCUGUUGGUGCACUACUUGUCUACGAUAGCACUCGUCACGUCACAUUUGAGAAUGUAGAGAGAUGGUUGAAAGAACUCCGAGAUCAUACAGAUUCUAAUAUUGUGAUCAUGCUUGUGGGGAAUAAGGCAGAUCUACGGCAUUUACGCGCUGUUUCCACUGAAGAUGCACAAACAUUUGCUGAGAAAGAAAAAACCUUCUUCAUGGAAACCUCUGCCCUUGAAUCAUUAAAUGUCGAAAAUGCUUUCACAGAGGUGCUUACUCAAAUAUAUCGAGUUGUCUGCAGAAAAGCUCUGGAAGCUGGUGAUGACCCUGCUGCUGUGCCCAAAGGACAAACCAUUAAUGUGAAGGAUGAUGUAUCUGCAGUGAAAAAAGUUGGAUGCUGUUCAACAUAAUCCUGGGAGUUGAUAGAGUUUGAGGAGGUGGUAAAGCUGUGUAAUAUUGGGGUGUUACUGGAAGCAUCAAAUACACAUUAGAGCUUGUUUGCACGAUUUAUUUAGCUUCUGGAAAAUUGUGGUCUUGCCUGUUUUCUUUACAGCUCAAGCCCCAAGAGUUGGUUUCCUUGAUCGGAUGAGAUCUGCAUUUCUGCUUCCAUCUCACCUUAACAAGAUCUUUCUCAUAUCUAAGCUGUACUAUUGUUCAAUAUUUUCGUUUUACAAUUAAAUGUAAUAUCUUAAGAUUAAGGUUACUUUAUAUUUCACCUAUUAAGCUUCUGCUUUUUACAUGGAGCCAAUAAUUUAACUUGGAUAUUUUCAUAUUAUCAUUUAUCUGGAUUUGGUUGUCCUGCCUAUAAGGAUUCAGAAGUAUUCUUGACUCA